AUGAAACUUCUGAUCUUGCUCUCCUGUGUCGUCGCAGCCGUUGUUUUCGCUGCCCCAUCGGCUCCAGGACUCGAGGAGAAACUUCGUGCUCUUCAAGAGCAACUCUACAACAUUGAGAAGGAGAAUGGAGUUGAGACAAAGCAACAAUCGGCAGACACCUUCCUCGGAUUCGCUCCACAGAAGAGAAUGGUCGCCUGGCAGCCAAUGAAGCGGUCAAUGGUCAAUGAGGACUCCAGAGCUCCACUUCUCCACGCCAUCGAGGCUCGUCUCGCUGAGGUUCUCCGUGCCGGUGAACGUCUUGGAGUCAAUCCGGAGGAGGUUUUGGCCGAUCUUCGUGGUCGUAACCAAUUCUAA